CGCAUCGCAAAACUUCAAGAUUUGUCUCUGAGAUUGACUGAAACAAGCACUUUCGGCAACGUUAUCGUCGCGAGAGUCAGAUUAAACAUACCGAAACUGCAGGAACGACCUCUUUGACGACAACUCGGUGCGCCCGCACAAUGAGCAGCCAUUAAUACAUAGGCGAACUACUGGGCCAACGUCAAUCAUGGCAUACAAAGCAUCCUCCCGCACAACUUUCGAGCCUUCUAAAGUGAUUCAACCAAUAUAUACUGGCGGUAGUGUAUCACUCAGCCACGAUGGAAGAGCCCUUGCUACAGUCCUCGGCGAGGAGGCCCUGCUCACCGACCUGAACAACGGUCAACAUUUGGCACGGAUCGAAGGCGAUGGCGAGGCAAUUACUUCUUUGCAGAUCACCCCCGAUGCGUCGCAUCUUAUUGUAUGUUCACGGUCGCUAUCUAUGCGCAUAUAUGCUCUCAGAGGUGCCUCAUCGGACAGUGAAGUCACAACCAAGUUAGUUCGAACAAUCAAACCGCACGCAACCCCCGUCGUUGUCACUGCGGUCGAUGCCGCAAGCUCUCUGCUUGCCACAGGCGGAGCAGACGGCAUAGUCAAAGUAUGGGAUAUCCGAGGGGGGUACGUGACACACACCUUCCACGGCCAUAGCGGCGUAGUGUCUGCACUUCAUUUCUUCCAAGUGGAAGAACAACGUCAAGCGCCCUCAAAAUCUCAAAAAAGGGCCAAUCAGCCACUCCAUCAAGGCGGCGAGAUUGAAAACAUCGCAACAACGACUACAUAUCGCCUGGCAUCUGGUGGUGAAGAUGGAAAGAUCAAGGUCUGGGAUUUGCAUAAGAGAAAGAGUGCUGCGACGCUAGACGCUCACGUUUCAGUGGUUCGGAGUCUCAAGUUCUCGACCGCACGGCAGUUGCUAUUGUCUGGAAGCAGGGAUAAAACUGCCAUGUUGUGGGACGCGAAUACCUGGAAGCUUGUUUCGACUACUGCUGUACUCGAGACUAUCGAAACAGUCGGAUUUCUGGCCGAUGACGAUGCUUUUUUCACUGCUGGGGAGACUGCUCGACUAAGGAUAUGGGAGAUCGCGUCAGGCAAAGAAAUCACAGAAGAACAAGAAGCAGGCUCCGAGCUCGAUGGUAUCCUGGAUGUGAUACAUUUUCCAAACCUUUCGUUCCUGUUGACCGUGCAUGCGGACCAGACGCUUAAGCUCCAUGCUCUUGAGUCGGUCUCGAAGCUGUCGGGUCGGAAGGUAGAUCCGCUGCCCAUUAUUCGCAGGAUCAGUGGAAACCAUGACGAGAUCAUUGACUUAGCAUAUAUCGGGCGGAAACGGAAUCUUCUUGCUAUGGCUACAAAUUCGGAAGACAUCCGAAUCAUCUCGUUAUCUACAACCACCGAAGUCGAAUCUGCAUUACAAUCUUCUCCUUACUUUGGAGCAGACGUGGCAGUACUCAAGGGCCAUGAUGAGAUCAUUAUUACGAUCGACACUGACUGGUCCGGGCACUGGCUGGCAACAGGUGCAAAAGAUAACACCGCCAAGUUGUGGAGGCUUGAUCCUGAAGCAAACUCAUUCGAAUGCUAUGCAACCUUUACGGGCCACGCUGAGAGCAUCGGCGCGGUGGCCCUUCCAAAUGCUGUGCCGUCCGUUGGCUCAAAGGAACACGAAAAUCCUUUGGCAUUUCCGCCGAAGUUCUUGAUUACCGGCAGCCAGGACAAGACUAUCAAGCGAUGGGACAUAGGCGCGACCACUGGGAAAGCGCCGCGCGCCGUGUACACUAGGAAAGCGCACGACAAAGACAUCAAUGCCAUCGAAACCUCAUUCGCCCUCCAAUCGCCCAUGUUUGCCUCGGCUUCGCAAGAUCGAACCGUGCGAAUUUGGGAUGUAGAAAGUGGCGAAGCUAUGGGAGUGCUGAGGGGCCACAAGCGCGGUGUCUGGUCUGUUGCAUUUUCACCACCCGGUCUACCUGGUCUGACAACCACCGGAGAGGGCGGUGGCGCAAGUACUGCACGUGGCAUGGUCGUUACAGGAAGUGGUGACAAAACUGUGCGCAUAUGGAAUUUGACCGAUUACAGCUGUCUGCGGACAUUCGAAGGCCAUGUCAACAGCGUUCUCAAAGUGAUAUGGCUGCCUUCGUCUCGCGCAGGUAAGGACAGCCGCGGUGUGCAGGUUGCCAGCGCGGCGGGAGAUGGACUCGUGAAGGUGUGGGAUGCUCAAAACAGCGAGUGUGCAGCCACUCUCGACAACCACAUUGAUAGAGUAUGGGCUUUGGCCGUACGGCCUCAGAUUCCCGCCCUGGAGAAAGGGCGACAGAAAAACAAUGGUUCGUCUGCAACAGCGACGAACGAGGAUGACGAUGAGAACAUCGCCCAUGAUGGCACGCCUGAUUCAGCCAGUUCGCUGGAGCUGGUGUCGGGAUCUGCGGAUAGCACCUUGACAUUCUGGAUCGACACGACCGCCGAGACAGCAUUGCAAGCAACUACACAAGCGACAGCCCGGAUAGAACAAGAUCAAGAACUACAGAAUCAUAUCCGCGCCAACAAUUUCCGCGAGGCCAUUGAGCUCGCGCUGCAGCUAAAUCACCCAAAGCGGCUACUUGAAUUAUUCUCCACUGUGGUCAACGGGCCGCACACAGCUGGAAGCUUCACGGGCAGGAUAGAGGUUGAUGAAGUACUUGCCUCCUUGAGCAACAGCCAGAUCUGGGCUCUGCUUAGACGGGUCAGGGAUUGGAAUGCCAAUGGUCGCACGUUUCACAUAGCACAGCGUGUGCUGUACGCCAUGAACUGCACAUAUCCGAAAGAGCGGCUCUUGAGCCUACAGCGGAGAAAGGCAUCAUCCGUUCUGCCAAACGACGACGAGGAGCUUGUGAGUGCUAUGUCGGAACUGAGCACCAAGCAACGGACGCAAAGUAAGGAGAGCGUCAAGGACGUCCUCGACGCUCUAAAGGCAUACACUGAUCGUCACCACUCGCGGCACGAGAAGACGGCUGAUGAGCGAUACGUUCUGAUGUGGGCAUUGCAGGAGAUGGAUGAAGUGAAUGGUGGCCUGGAUGGCUCCCUCGAAGUGACCAAUGGCGUUGCACACGACGAUGUUCUCAUGCUUGAUAAUGUAUAA